AGGCACACUAUACGGAUUUCUUACUUGCAGAAGUGUAUUCGCCACUCCUCAGAUACGAAGCAGUGGUUUUCAACGCCGGGUAUUUUGCAAAGAGGACAGCAUCUGGGUAGAAGUGUGUAAGCGACCCUUUGUUGCGGUGUCCCCCAGUUCCACGCCUCAGCUUACUUGUUCCUACCACUCUCUUCGUUUGCCGGUUUCUCCUCCCUUUCCUUUUGCGUUUUCCUGUCCCUCCUUUCCUCUUGUUCGAGUCUUUGUCCUGAUGGCGACAAAUCUCAUUUUGCGGUUCCGCGUCGGGGUCUCUCGGCCCCACACAGCAGCAGUCGGUGCGGCUGUGCCUUUCUGCCGCGCGAGCGUCGCCGUUCCGUUCUGUUCUUCGAUCAGAGACUUUUCAGCUUCCUCCAGCUGUGCUCUUUCUUCGCGCCUCGUCUCUCCUUCGCUGUCUCCCAGCUUGAACGCGCCAGUCGCCUGUUCGCAGUUCUCCGGUCUCGCCCGCACUGUAGAGAGAACCGGCAGAAGACCGGCGGCCUCAGAAAGCCGACCCAGCCGGCGCUUUGCGUCUCUCUUUUCCUCUGAUUCGUCUUCCAGCCCUGCUCUCUUUUCGGCGUCCUCUACACCGGCUCUGCACUCUCCCGUCUCUCCAGCCUUUUCCACUGCCCUCUCGACUUCCCGUGUGUCGGCUCUCGCCGACUGCUCCAGGCUCCUCGAGCCCAAGCGGGGCUUCGCUGUCGGCGUCUUCCAGCGCACAAAGCCCCACUUAAACAUCGGAACGAUCGGCCACGUCGACCAUGGCAAGACGACGCUGACUGCGGCGAUCACCAAAGUCCUCGCUGACAUGGGCCAGGCAGACUUCAAGUCGUACGCAGAGAUCGACAAAAGUCCGGAGGAACAGAAACGUGGAAUCACCAUCAACGCGACUCACGUCGAGUACGAAACGAGCAAGCGCCACUAUGGACACGUGGAUUGCCCUGGACAUGCCGACUACGUCAAAAACAUGAUCACUGGCGCGGCCCAGAUGGAUGGGGCCAUCCUUGUCGUCUCUGCCUACGAUGGACCGAUGCCUCAAACUAGAGAGCACAUUCUGCUUUCCAAACAGGUUGGCGUCCCUCGCCUGGUUGUCUACCUGAACAAGAUGGACAUGGUGGAGGACCAGGAACUCGUCGAACUCGUUGAGAUGGAAGUCCGAGAGCUUCUUUCCUUCUACGACUUCCCUGGCGAUGACACGCCCUUCGUCAAAGGCUCGGCGUUGAAGGCGCUCAAUGGAGACACUGGCGAGUAUGGCAUCAAAACCAUUCAAGAUCUCAUGCAGGCAUGCGACGACUUCAUUCCUGAGCCAGAGCGAAAAGCAGAUCUGCCUCUCAUCAUUCCGGUCGAGAGCGUCUUGUCUAUUCCAGGAAAGGGCACAGUUGCAACUGGCCGCGUUGAGCAAGGGACAGCGAAGCCGAACGAGGCCAUUGAGAUCGUGGGCGGGCGUGACAAGCCGCUGAAGGCGCAAAUCGCCGCUCUCGAGAUGUUUAGAAAAACUCUGGACGACGCGCAAGCAGGGGAUCAGGUUGGUUGCUUGCUCAAGGGAAUUAAAAGGGAUGAGGUGAAGCGAGGCAUGGUGCUCGGCGCGCCGGGAUACUUGAAAACCUUCAAGAAGUUCGAGGCCGACUUAUACGUUUUGAAAGAGGAAGAGGGAGGAAGGAAGAAGCCUUUCUUUUCUCACUAUCGCCCACAAGCCUUCAUCCGCACUGGCGACAUGGCCUGCACCAUUACCCUUCCAGAGACAACUGAAAUGGCGAUGCCGGGGGACCGCGUUUCAUGCACUGUAGAGCUUCUGCAUCCAACUGCUCUCCACGAAGGCUUGCGCUUUGCACUCCGUGAAGGCGGUAGAACUGUCGCCUCUGGAAUUGUGACGAAGCCGAUGCCCGAGAAAUAAAUCACAGCGCAUGCCAUGAAGGAAAACUCUAAAGAACGAAAUGCUCGAGCACGCGAGAGGGAAACUGACGGAAGAAAGAGUCAGGGACCAUCGGCAGGUUGACGCGGUUGAGAAGCAGCGCCGCGCGGCGUGGAACAAGGAGACUUUUCAGACACGAUCUGUGGUGACAGCGAGAAGGGGAGGGGCAGGACGCGACUUCUAUGACGAAGAGCAGAGCAAACAGACAGGUGGACAAGGACAGAGAGGGCGUGAGCGAGAGGCAGCAGGCGAAAAACAAGGAGGGGUUGACGACGAAAACGACUGCGUUUCGCGUCUGGUGGAGUGACCGAAACGUGGUUGUUUCUUUCAUCUUGUCCAUUUGUCGCGUUCGCCAUCUUGACACCUUUUCUGUCUGUUACGGGCUUAAAGUGUAUAUGAAGACAAAAUAGUGAGCGGCUGGCUCUGGACCGUUUGUGUUUCUCGGUGAUUCACUUGAAACCCUUUACAGCGCCCCUGCACCUCCCGGUGU